ACUUUUGUCCUUUGACAUUUCAGUGGUGAUUGUGUAAACGCCUUUCUUGUAAAUUUCAACUUGUGUUCUUGAUUUUUUUUUAAAAGAUCCCAGAAUUAGCCACUUUAUCUGUAAUAAUUGAAUAUGUACACAGUUUUACAUAGAUGUCGGCUAAUAAGCGCAGCAAAGCAAAGCCAAUAUAUCACUCAUCGAAAUGCCGGUUACAUAGUCUUAGUACCUGAAAUCGGAGAGGAUACGCACUCAUCUGAUGAGAUAUUGAAGCCAGAUGGACUGCCAGCAUUUAAUGAUAUUACAAUUGAAAACUGUCUGGGCGCUAUUGGGCAACAGGCAGGCUUGAUGGAGAAAACUGUGAAGAAUAUUGAAAAUGAAAUCGUAGCUCAGAACGCUCCUGUAUGUGCUCUACAAAACAUUUUCACAGAAUUGGAUAAAGUGGCUGGACCUCUUGAUACGACGUGGGGCAUUGCUAAAGCUCUCUAUCUGGGCAAUAGUACCCUUAUACCCACUAAGUCGUAUUUGAAUAUCCACGAGCGCGCACGAAUUGCACGAGCUUCCAAAUAUAACAGCAAAAUAUUAUAUGAUGAACUUGCGCAACAAAUGGAAAAUGCUAGAAGUGACGAGGCUCCUUUGUUGCACCGUUUUGUAUUGGAAGGCAAAUUGAAUGGCCUAACACAGUCGCCAGAUAAACGCGAGAACCUCAAAACCGUUCUCGUGCAGUUGGGCAAAGAACGUGCCAGUUUCAAAAACAAAGUAAACAUGGCUGUGCACACGUUUAGACAUGCCAUUAAAGAUUAUAAUCUAGUUCGCGAUUUUCCUGCCAGUCUUUUGGAGGCAAUGGCUACUGAUUCAACUUCACCAACUCAGGGGCCAUGGAAAAUAACAUUGCAGCCACAAAUUGUUGAGGGAUUCCUAAAAUACUGCCCAGACCGAGUACAGCGCUGGAAUGUGUGGCAAGCAAAUGUUCGUAAAGCGUCUGGACAACAGGAGCGCAGUCUAGAGAACAGUACACAUUUGGAGGGUAUCAGAUCUCUGCGAAAACGUCAAGCUAAUAUAUUGGGUUUCCCUAACUAUGCGACAAUGUCGAUGCAAACCAAGAUGGUUAAAAGUGUCGACAACCUAAAACAGAUCUUUGCGAGUAUUUUGAAGUUUGCAGGACCUGCACAGUCAAGUGAAAUAGAUCAGUUGCAAAAUUUUGCAACCAAUAGUGGAUUCCAGCACAACUUGGAUUUGUACGAUGUCGCUUAUUGGCAACGAAAACAAUUACAUGCCAUACAUCAGUUACACGAAGAAAAGCUGCGCGAGUAUUUUCCUUUGCCAAACGUAUUUGCAGGUCUCAUAAAACUGAGCGAAAAUCUGUUUAAUAUCCGUAUAGUAGAACGAUUAAAUGUAGAGGUUUGGCAACCGGGUGUAAAGUAUUAUGACGUAUUCGAUAAUGAUGCCGGUGUAGCACCAGUUGGUGGCUUUUAUAUUGAUUGCUACUCUAAGGAGAAUAAGUUUGGCAAAAACAAUGGGUGGAUGGUGAGCAUACGAAAUCGCAACCCAGCUGCCCAGCUAACACCCUUAUGCGCUCUAAUUUUUAAUUUUACGGAACCGACCCAAGGUGUACCAUAUCUACUGAAUUUUGAUGAUUUAAACAUGGUCUUCAAAACCUUUGGCUCAGCUUUACAACAUUUACUUACUAAAGCUCCGUACACUGACUUGGCGGGCCUUUCUAAUAUCGAAUGGGAUGCUUCACAAGUGGCGGGUAAUGUGAUGAGCAAUUUUCUUGAUAAUACAGUGAUACUAAAGAAACUGUCCAAGCACUACGCAAGCAAUGAGGUCUUAUCUGAAGAUACAUUGCAAAAAGUACAUCUGUUAAAAACGAGUUUGGCAGGGCAUAAUUUGUGUAAAGAGCUUUACUUGGCAGAUUUAGACAUUGAAUUGCAUCAAUCCGAUGCAUUUUGGCUUGAUGUAGUUAAAAAGUUGUGGCCUGUGUAUCAUUGUAUGCCGCUGGAUAAAAAGGAUGCACACCCUUGUUCGAUGACUGAAAUUUUCUCCGGCGACUGGGCUGCAGCGCAAUUUAGUUAUCUCUAUUCGAAAGUGUUGGCCGCUGAUAUUAGUGCCGAAUUUGAAGGGAAAACCGGAGAUGAAUUGACAACGACGGGAAAACGCUUUAAGGAAACUUUCCUAGCUUUGGGUGGUUCCGUACCAACGGCUGAGGUAUUUCGCCGUUUUCGAGGACGAGAUCCUUCAGUGGAGGCGCUACUUAAGUCUUUAAACAUACUAAUUAAAACACAGACAACUGGCGAAUUGUAGAUGACCUUUUAUGCAGAAUGAUACAUUUAUUUUGUUCGCUGUCGCUUUUUUAUUUAUAUUUUUGUGAAUCUAGCGUUGUCUGAACAAUAAUAAUGAUUCUCUUUAUUUAUAGUUACAUACAUACAUAUGUACAAGUCAUCGUAAAAAAUAUGUUACUUAUAAUGCGACUAGUUGUAGGGUACACGAAUACAAGGGAUUUGAUGUGUGUUGCGUGAAAGCAUCUACAUAUUUGCUUGAUUGCAAAACAAAAAAAACCACCUGCUGCAUUCAGCAACUGAUGGCACUUUAUCAUACUAACAAAACAAAUGAAGAAUAAUAAAAUCGAAAACAAAUUUGUGUUUGAGUACACUGUGAUGCGAAGAUAAUAAAAUUACUUCUAGUAAGCCACUUU